AGGAACGAGGUUGGCAACAACGGAGCUUAACGAGAGCGAGAAGCAAAAAAAGUGGAGAGAGAGAGAAGAAUGGAGACUGCCGCGAAAGUGAUUUCCAAUGAAGUUGACGAUUUAUUGAAGAUUAUAGAGGAAUUAAAACUCAAAACCGUCGUUCCAACACUUCUGGAAUCGUCCCUGUCCAAAUUGCUGGCACUGAAGAAUCAGCUGAAGGACGACGAAUUUCUGAAACAAAGCAGCAACAAAGAUGCUUUGCAACAGUUAAUGAAGAUCGUUCUUGAUGUUACGUAUUGCAGAGAAAAUCGAUUGGCGGACAAUGACUUUUCAGAAAGCGAUUCGCUCGAGCGAGUAAAUGCAAUUAUCCGCAGCCUAGAGCAUGUGGAAAACAUUACGAAGCACAUGGGCUUCCAGACGGUAGUAGAGGGCCUGGGCGAGGAAUUAGCCGAAUGCCUCGAGUGGCGCAAAGGAGCUCUGCUGUACAUGUUUUGCCAGACCAAAGAAAGUGACGAUGAAAAUUGGGUGGACCAAAACAAGGAAACGUUUCUCAAGUUGUUACAGAGAGGGGUGGAACAUCUCACAGCUGUGCUGAAUGUUCGCCACUCGAUCAAAGCAGAUGAAACAACCGUCCUGUCCGGCUCCGAAGACGUGAUUCAGCUUCUCGAAAAAGGCAUCUUCAGCGAUGUUCACGCUUUGGCCCUGAUGUAUGCUGGUGAGAUGUGCUAUUGGCUUGUGAGUUACACAGACAAAUGGGACUUGCCCGCCACUGACAGCGUUGCCAAGGCAUUGCCACUUGGCAUUCAAGUGCUGGGUACAUACACAGAAGCAGUUGAAGGACCUCUCAAGGACGCAGGCUGGAACUGUGCCCGUGCAAAAGAACUGCGGGACAGUUUACUUCAACGUCAAAAGCUCUAGGAAGUUUGAAGAAGCAAUGGAUGACAUCAUACAAGUCAUGCACCCGUGGUUGAACGUGGUGCUAUUCAGCACAGCGCUGCAAGGGAGACACGUCUGGAAACGUCGCUUCACCUGCACUCGCAGAAUGAGUCUCCGAGGCAGCGCUUUCUACGGCCAGUAAAAUGCGGCAAAUGCAGAGAUUUUCCAGUCAUGUCAUCAUCACCUUUGUUUUGUGCGGACUCUUGACAGUGCACGUAAAAAUCGUAUCUGGGUUUCGCCGUAUUUAUGAUGUACCAAUUUACUGUAUCGUGAUGUCCCAAGUACAAGUACAGUGAUUUAUUACAGUACUCACACUUUCACCAUUUUGCAUUUUACAAAUGUUCCCAGUGUUCCAAAAAUUUACAUAUGAGCAUGAGACAUGCGCUAGUCUUCCUCACAUAUUGAUCUUCCUGUAUGUAAAUUAUACAACUAUAUUUUAUAAUGUCUCGUCUUGUAUAACAUCCCCAUCCUUACCUUAUAACGUGUAUGCUAACAUGUUUGUCAGCAAGAGUGUGACACAUAUUUCAGAAGGGGAGAGCACAAAACACAGAAGACAACACUGACAUGAGUGUGAUAUGCUGGGUUAAUACAUAAGCUUUAAAGGACACCUCUCUUGUGCAGAAAGGAAGGCAGAGGAGACAUUUCAAGAGGGGAUGAGACCCGCGUGAAAUGUUGCUGUAACUUUAAUGCCGGUGAGUGUUAGCGUGGAGAUGAAUUGUUUUGUAGAUGUACCUGGUAUUAUAAGUAAUAAAGAGAUUUCCUUAUGAA